GGCUCAUACUCAUGUCUCAACCAUAGCAUUUAUCGUGAACUUGGGCCAGGCAAGAGAAUAUCCCUUUCCAAGCUGGCCACGGAGAAACUCGAAAGCACAAGCCGGCCGUUGCGGAUUGCCAUUGACAUUGCCAUCUGGCAGUUCCAAACACAAGCCGCACGAGGUAGCGUCAACUCUGCGCCCGACCCCGUCUCUUUAGAGCUGACAAACUUCCUCAGGCGGAACGAAUCCUGCAAUAAGGACUCUGUUUUAUCGCCUAGUGCGACUCCUAAACCUUGGGUCAUUCGCCUCUUUGGGUUCCCAGUACAUGACGCACCGGGAGAAGCAGAGGCCGAAUGCGCUCUCCUACAACAACAGGAUAUCGUCGACGCAGUCCUAAGCGAAGAUGUCGACACAAUCAUGUUUGGCUGCACUCGAACUCUGCGAAACUGGACGUCAGAGGGGACUCGCGGGGCCAAGACGCCCACCCACGUCAGCAUGUACGAUGUCGACGAUUUGUUGCUUGCUGAAACGGGCCUCGAUCGAGAGGGCAUGGUGUUGGUCGCACUGAUGAGUGGAGGCGACUACAUACCGGAGGGUGUACCCGGGUGUGGCGUCAAGGUGGCCUGCGAAGCGGCAAAGGCUGGUUUCGGCAAGUCGAUCUGUCGCUUGAAAAUCGACGAUGAUAUGCAAUUUGAGCAGUGGAGGGAGACGUUACGACACGAACUGCGCACCAACGAGAGCGGCUUCUUCAGGGUCCGGCAUAAAGCCUUGUCCAUCCCGGAUGAGUUUCCGAGUCGCCAAGUGCUGAGGCAUUAUACCCACCCGGUUGUCUCAACUGUCGCUAACAUAAACAAGUUGAAGGCGGGUCUCGAUUGGAGUCGCCCGAUUGACGUGCGAGGCCUCCGGUACUUUGCCGAGGAGACGCUCGACUGGGUGAAUAGAAUCGGUGCCACCAAACUCACUCGGGUUUUGUCUCCUGGAGUGCUCGUUCACAAGUUGCUAGAGAGGCACCUUUCCGACCAGGCGAGCAACCAGACAGCAAGGGAGAUGGGCGAGGAAGAAUCGGAACUGAUCAAACGUAUAACCGGAACUCGACGCCAUCACAGCACCGAUGGCAUUCAAGAGUUGCGUGUAGCACACAUCCCGACUGACAUAGUCGGUCUUGACCUUUCACUGGAGCUAGAAGAAGCUGAAGAAGUGCCAUUUGAUCGUCAGGGUCUCGGGCUCAAUAGUGACGACGAGUUCGAAGCCGCCAUCGACGGCGAGGGAGAUCCAGCGAGCAGCCAAGUCCCGUCAAAGAGCACAUUCGAUCCAUAUUCCGCUCAGCUGAUUUGGCUGCCCGAGUCGCUCGUCAAGCUGGGCGCACCUCUGACUGUCGAGGACUGGGAGGAGAAGCAGCGCUCCAAGGCGGGCGGUCGUGUGUCUAGCAAGGCCAAGAGCGCCGGUAAGGUUAUCAGUAAGAGGAAGUCUACCAAAGCCGCCCCAGCCGAAGCCGGCGCUCUUGAUAAGUGGAUGCAAAUCACAAAGGGCACAACGUCGGCCAAGGCCGGCGCAGCAUCGCAACAUCACGUAGACGACGAAGACGUCCUCCCGUUAACCCUUCCACCUCGGCCACCUAUUCUGAGACCUGAUCCAUCAAAGACAACGGCAACGUUUCCAACCUUCUCGUCGCAACGACCGAGCCCCUUGCCGAGAUCAACCAACCGAAGUAAGCAAUCCAGGUCCAACGGGAAAGUGUCUGCCGCCGCGGAACCGACCGCGCACAGUAACCCCUGGGCAUACGCUGGCUCACAACAUAUGCCUAGGAUCACCAAGUCUCGGCAGCCCGCAGAGCCGAUUCUCCUGUCAUCUAGCCCCGUGCGCGUUUCGCCUGCGCCUGCUCGUUCGUCGCUGAGCCCGCCGCGUCCAGCUUCACCUCAGCACAUUAUUGACUUGUCCGGCCUCGAUGGAACGCCCUUCGUCGAGCCCACCCGGGCAACUAAAAAGUCGGACGUGCCUGCCAUGCCUGCACCUCGUCUCUCUCAAAUCUCCGGGGAACCUCGGCCGACAGAGGGUCCAUCACCAGUAUUGCCCACCACUCCGUCGAGGAGCCAGCGGGGUUUGAAGCAAACCCGCAUGGAGUCAUUUGUGACUGGCACCACGAGGCAAACGGAACAGGGAAGUAACCAGAGGCAGCCGGGGAUCCAGAGCCACAUUCGCUCGGUACCAUCCACUUCCACUAGCCAGACUGUCAAUGCCAGGUCCAGUUUGAAUCUCCGAACGACCAAAGCCGCAGUUUCUUGGAUAGACUCUGACGAUGAUUUUGCGCCGGAGCCCGAAGCAAAAGCUUCGAGAGAGGCCAGGAAAAGAAUGGUGCCACGGACAAGCGUCAGCGGAUUCUUCCGCGUGGUCGAAGUGAGCGACGAGGAGGGGAUAGCCGGAUCAAAGGUGACGGCAUCGAAGCGCUUAACAAAGGGCACUUGGAGACAGAGCGAGAUUUCCAUCAUAGAUCUCACAGGAGACGACGAACAAUGA